AUGGCAGACGCUGAGGAUAUUCAACCUCUUGUUUGUGACAAUGGAACUGGAAUGGUUAAGGCUGGAUUUGCUGGAGAUGAUGCACCUCGUGCUGUGUUUCCCAGCAUUGUAGGUCGUCCUCGUCACACUGGCGUGAUGGUUGGCAUGGGCCAAAAAGAUGCAUAUGUUGGUGAUGAGGCACAGUCCAAGAGGGGUAUUUUGACUCUCAAAUACCCCAUUGAACAUGGAAUUGUUAGCAAUUGGGAUGACAUGGAAAAGAUUUGGCAUCACACCUUCUAUAACGAGCUUCGUGUUGCCCCUGAAGAACACCCCGUUCUCUUAACUGAGGCUCCUCUUAACCCUAAGGCUAAUCGUGAGAAGAUGACCCAAAUCAUGUUUGAGACUUUUAAUACCCCUGCCAUGUAUGUAGCUAUUCAGGCUGUUCUUUCACUGUACGCUAGUGGUCGUACCACCGGUAUUGUGUUGGAUUCUGGUGAUGGUGUCAGCCACACUGUCCCUAUCUACGAGGGUUACGCCCUUCCACAUGCUAUCCUUCGUCUUGAUCUGGCUGGUCGCGACCUGACUGAUUUCUUGAUGAAGAUUUUGACUGAGCGUGGUUAUUCUUUUACCACCUCAGCAGAGCGUGAGAUUGUCCGUGAUGUGAAAGAAAAGCUGUCAUACAUUGCCCUUGACUAUGAGCAAGAGCUGGAAACAGCGAGGACCAGCUCAUCCGUGGAGAAGAGCUACGAGUUGCCUGACGGACAGGUAAUCACUAUUGGAGAUGAGCGUUUCAGAUGUCCAGAGGUGCUGUACCAACCAUCCAUGAUAGGAAUGGAAGCAGCAGGAAUUCACGAGACCACAUACAACUCCAUCAUGAAGUGCGAUGUCGAUAUCAGGAAAGACUUGUACGGUAACAUUGUCCUUUCAGGAGGAACAACCAUGUUCCCAGGCAUUGCUGAUAGAAUGAGCAAAGAAAUUUCUGCUUUGGCCCCAAGUAGCAUGAAGAUCAAGGUCGUUGCACCACCUGAGAGAAAAUACAGUGUCUGGAUUGGUGGUUCUAUUUUGGCAUCCCUUAGCACCUUCCAGCAGAUGUGGAUUGCAAAGGCAGAAUAUGAUGAAUCUGGUCCAUCAAUUGUGCACAGAAAGUGCUUCUAA